AACCCUUUUUUCUUUCUUCAGUGCAGUUUCAGCUGCCCUCCAAUUCAUCCCUCUGAAACAAUCUCCGUCUUCAUCUCCGCCGUCGGAUCUCGGACUCCGACCAUCUAUCCCUUCUUUAUCCUUCCCUCUCCUCCACUAUUAUUUCGCCUGCACAACAAACCCCCCCCCAAAAAAAAAACUAAACUUUUGUUGUUAGGUUUUCUACCCAAAUUCGUAAAAGAAAAAAAAACACACACACCAUUCUUGUUCUUCGUCGUCGUCGUCGUUCUUACUAUCCAUUUCAUUUCGUCGUCCUGUAGGAUUAUCCUCCGCCGUCCUUAUAUUUUCCGAUUCUGAAUAAUAGAGGAGAGGGAAGCGAGUCAAAGAUCAAAAAAAUUUUAAAAACUUGAAAACUGAAAAGAAAAGCAUCCAAACGACACCGAGUUUUCUCAGAAUGGCUCAGGUUCCAUCUCCACCUCAAGUUCCCGGUGCCGAUCCAGCGGCCAAUGGACAGCAUGUCACGACGUCGUUGUAUGUUGGAGAUCUUGACGUGAAUGUCACCGAUUCGCAGCUCUAUGAUCUUUUUAAUCAGGUGGGGCAGGUUGUUUCUGUUAGGGUUUGCAGGGAUUUGACGACCCGCCGAUCGCUUGGUUAUGGCUAUGUCAAUUACAGCAGCCCUGUGGAUGCAACAAGGGCAUUAGAUGCGCUAAACUUCACCCCUUUGAAUGGAAAUCCUAUAAGGGUUAUGUUUUCGCAUCGUGACCCUAGCGUGCGGAAAAGUGGGUCUGGAAAUAUUUUUAUCAAGAAUUUGGACAAGGCAAUUGAUCACAAAGCGUUGCAUGAUACAUUUUCUGCAUUUGGAAGCAUUUUAUCCUGCAAGGUUGCUACGGAUGCAUCCGGGCAGUCUAAAGGCUUUGGUUUUGUGCAAUUUGAUAAGGAGGAAGCUGCCUUAAAAGCCAUAGAGAAGUUGAAUGGAAUGCUGCUAAAUGACAAGCAGGUGUUUGUGGGACCUUUUGUUCGCAAGCAAGAACGAGAAAGUGUCAGUGAGAAAACAAAGUUUAAUAAUGUUUUUGUUAAGAAUCUGUCGGAAACUACAUCUGAUGAAGAUUUACAGAAUAUGUUUGAGGAGUUUGGACCAAUAACCAGUGUUGUGGUGAUGAGGGAUGGGGAUGGAAAAUCCAAAUGCUUUGGCUUUGUAAACUUUGAGAAUGCGGACGAUGCUGCGAGGUCUGUUGAAGAACUUAAUGGAAAGAAGGUUGAUGGGAAAGAGUGGUAUGUUGGAAAAGCCCAGAAGAAAUCUGAAAGGGAAGUUGAAUUGAAAAAUCGGUUUGAGCAGAGUGUAAAAGAAGCUGCUGACAAGUAUCAAGGUACAAACCUAUAUGUUAAGAAUUUAGAUGAUAGCAUUGACGAUGAUAAACUGAAGGAGUUAUUCUCUGCGUUUGGAACCAUUACCUCAUACAAGGUUAUGCGAGACCCUAACGGAGUGAGCAGAGGUUCUGGAUUUGUUGCAUUCUCAACUCCUGAAGAAGCUGCUAGAGCUCUUGGAGAGAUGAAUGGAAGAAUAAUUGUGAGCAAACCUCUCUAUGUUGCACUCGCGCAGAGGAAGGAAGAUAGGAGAGCGAGGUUGCAGGCACAGUUUUCCCAAUUGCAGCCAAUGGCAAUGGCAUCUUCAGUUGCACCUCGUGGCAUGCCAAUGUAUCCUCCAGGUGCUCCGGGUAUCGGACAACAAAUAUUCUAUGGACAAGCUCCGCCUGCUAUUAUUUCCUCACAGCCUGGCUUUGGUUAUCAGCAGCAACUCAUGCCUGGAAUGAGGCCUGGUGGAGGUCCCAUGCCAAAUUUCUUUGUACCAAUGGUUCAGCCGGGCCAGCAAGGGCAAAGAUCUGGUGGCAGACGUGCUGGUGCCAUUCAGCAAACCCAGCAGCCCGGUCCAAUGAUGCAGCAGCAGAUGCUCCCACGAGGACGUGUGUACCGUUAUCCUCCUGGACGUGGAAUGCCUGAUCUUCCCAUGCCUGGAGUUGCGGGAGGUAUGUUCUCUGUUCCAUACGAGAUGGGUGGUAUGCCCCCACGGGAUACUGUUCACCCUCAACCAAUUCCUGUUGGUGCUUUGGCUUCUGCCCUCGCAAAUGCAGCUCCAGACCAUCAACGAACGAUGCUGGGGGAAAAUCUGUAUCCACUCGUGGAACAGCUAGAGGUUGAUAAUGCAGCAAAGGUGACCGGAAUGCUACUGGAAAUGGACCAAACUGAGGUUCUGCACUUGCUCGAGUCGCCGGAGGCUCUGAAAGCCAAGGUGGCGGAGGCUAUGGAGGUUUUGAGAACCGUGGGUCAGCAGACAGGCAAUCCAGCAGCUGAUCAAUUGGCUUCACUGUCCCUGAGUGACAACCUUGAUGCCUAAUCUGAAUGCAGCCUGCUUUGUCCCCCCGCCUGCUUUUCAUGAUCCUUUUGCUUGAUGCUUCUAUUUUGUUUGAUACCUUAAAGUUUAUCAACUACUUUCGUUCGAACCGAGUGAUUUCUACUUCUGGCGAUGUUUGUGGGAACCUAUUCUAAGUUCUGUUAUGAUGCAUUUUGCUAUCAUUAACACUUCAAAUGCUUACCUUUUAUGAA